AUUUGCCAUGUCACAUCUCUACAGGGGGCCUGGGUCUCUCAGAACUCAUGGCAUGUGAUCCGUCUUUUUUUAUUUCAUGUUAAAUGUGACAUCCAUAUUUCCUUUAAACAGGCUGAAGUACUUCUGAAAAGGAGCACAACGAGCAUUUCAUGAUUUCAACAUUCCUCACACGGAGGACAGUGAGAAAGCCUCUCACAUAAUGCAUGAAGAAAAAUGUCUUGUUGAUUCAGUGAUGUAACAGACGGAACAGAGCAACGGCUCCUUGAAGCCAGCACUGGAAUGCAUGUCGUCAAAGCCAUUGUGUCAUUCAGGUAUAAAAGGCAGUGAAAGGGUGACUGAGAUCUUUGAGAGGCAGUGCACACGUCUUAUUUAACGUUCUGAGAUAAGAAGGAGUGUUAUUAUACACACUACAGAAAGCAGAGGUUUUGGCCUGAAAGCACAGGCAGAAUGACUGUAAGAGAGACCAUUCUCCUCUCUGUGAUGCUGUUGCUGCUGGAUUCAGGACUCCCGGCAGAUGGAGAUGCUCUCAGGGCAUUGCCCAUCAGGCUUUCUGUGGUAGACAGCAUCUCCAACAUUCCCGUACUGACAUAUCACACCGCUGUGGUGGAGGGAGGCGUCCUGCUAGGCGCCAUGCGAAGACUGCAGCAGACCCAGGACCACUUCAAGUUUACAGUCAGAGAGGACCCAGACUUUGGACUCUUCCUCGAGAGUGUGAACGGUGUGGGAGGCACGGCUUCUGACCAGACCUACUGGGAAGUGCUGCUGGAGUCUUCCGGCACCACGGUUAGAAUAAGCACGGGAAUCGGGUGUCAUGUCCCAAAAGCCAAUGACCACAUCAUCCUCAGGCGCACCACCCGGCCCAAAGCAGGACUGGAGGCGUUUACAGAACAAUGACAAGUCUGGUGAACAAUGUGCAUAUUACAUGCAGAUCCACCUUUUAUUACAUGGAGAGCUUUUCUGUUGUCAAGAAAUGUAACGCGAGCUCCAUGCAAAUUCCUUUUUGUCAGUGAUGAGAGUGCAGAACAGACACAGGUGCCUUUGUAACGAAAUAAAUGGAAAC